GCAGCGGUGGUGCCGCCCGCCCGCGCUGCCCAUGCCGGAGCCUCGCCGUGCUUCCCUCCCUUCUCCAGCUUCCCUCCCUUCUCCAGCCUGCCUCCCUUCUCCAGCCGCCCGGGAUGGGCGUGCGGAGCGGCGGGAGCGGGCGAGAGCCGCGGGCAGCGCUGGGGCGGCGGCACAUGUGGGGCGGCCGCUGAGCGGAGCCGCGUCCCGGUGUGGGGCUCCCGCUCGCCGGCAGCGGGGCUGGGGACGGUGCUGGCGGCCUGGGAAGGGGCAGCGGUGAGGGGUCGAGCCCCGGUCCCGGGCAUGGCGGAGUCCCUGAGCCCCUGCUCCCCACGGAGCCAGUGCCAGCCCAGCAUGGGCGCCAAUACCUCGUCUGCCAACGUGGACGCCAACGCCUCCUCCUCUGUGGUGGGCGGCAGCGCGUGGAGGAGCCGGGAGCCCUUCUCCAUCUUCACCGUCCUCAUCCUCACCCUGCUGGUGCUCCUGACCGUGGCCACCUUCCUCUGGAACCUGCUGGUGCUGGCGACCAUCCUGCGAGUGAAGGCCUUCCACCGGGUGCCCCACAACCUGGUGGCCUCCACGGCGGUGUCGGACGUGCUGGUGGCGGCUCUGGUGAUGCCGCUGAGCCUGGUGAAGGAGCUGUCGGCCGGGCGGCGCUGGCGGCUGGGCCGGGAGCUGUGCCUCGUGUGGGUGUGCUUCGACAUGCUGUGCUGCACGGCCAGCAUCUGGAACGUGACGGCCAUCGCCCUGGACCGCUACUGGUCCGUCACCCGGCAGCUGCAGUACACGCUGCUCGCCCGCCGCCGCAUCUCCAACGUGAUGAUCGCUCUCACCUGGCUGCUGUCCGCCGCCAUCUCCCUCGCCCCGCUGCUGGGCUGGGGCGAGACCUACAGCCCCGAGCAGGAGCGCUGCCAGCUCAGCCAGAAGCCGUCCUACACCAUCGUCUCCACGGGCGGAGCCUUCUACCUGCCCCUCUGCGUGGUGCUCUUCGUCUACUGGAAGAUCUACAAGGCGUCCAAGUUGCACAUGGGGGCCCGCAGGAGGAACGCCGUGCUGCCCCUGCCCGAGGCUGCCCAGGUGAAGGAAGCUUCGCAGGAACCACAGAUGGUGUUUACAGCUCGUCGUGCAGCUAUCACUUUCCAGACAGAUGGAGAAACAUGGAGAGAACAGAAAGAGAAAAAAGCAGCUCUGAUGGUUGGCAUCUUAAUUGGAGUUUUUGUACUGUGCUGGAUCCCUUUCUUCAUCACAGAAUUAAUAAGUCCCCUCUGUUCCUGUAACAUCCCGCCCAUCUGGAAAAGCAUCUUUCUUUGGCUUGGCUACUCAAAUUCUUUCUUUAAUCCUCUCAUUUAUACAGCAUUUAACAAAAAUUACAACAAUGCCUUCAAGAACCUUUUUGUAAAGCAAAGAUAAAAGGGGACACAGAGGAGAAAACGAUUAUUGCAUAAUAGAUUUCUUGAGGGAAACAUGCCUGUGAUAUGAACAGUUGCCAUGCACGAGAGCUACUUGAGGGGAUUUAGCAGCAGUGAAAAAGAAGAUGGAAGAUGUCUGGAUAUAAACCUACUGAGAGUUUACAGUCUCCCUUUAGAAACACAGAUGUGCUACGCCAGUGUUUGGCAAGGAAGGUGGAAGCAGGGAAUGCCUCCCGUCUGCUCUUCAAUCAGCACAGGCUGAGUGAGGUGUGCGCGGUGCCGGGGCUGUCACACCCAGCACGGCUGUCACACCUAACGGGGCUGUCACACCUAACGGGGCUGUCACACCUAACGGGGCUGUCACACCCAGCGCGGCUGGUCCCGCCCAGCACGGCUGUCACAUCUAACGGGGCUGUCACACCCAGCACGGCUGUCACACCUAACGUGGCUGUCACACCCAGCGCGGCUGGUCCCGCCCCGCCAGCCACAAGGCCCUGCCGGAGCUCUCCUCAUUAGCAAAGGCACCGUGGGAGCUGCUAAUUGGGCAGUACUAACAUGUUGGUGAUAUGAACAGUAUGCUGGGUUCGGGUUUGAGAUUUAUUUGGGAGGGAAUAAACAUGCUGCAGUCAAUCAGUCCGUGAGUUGAUGUGAAAUUAAAGAGGAUGACCAAGCAGCUCAGACACACAGCCUGGCAGGACUGAGGGGCUGUGUGCUCUGCAAGCAGCAGGGCUUGAUGGGCAGGCUUGAUCAGACAGGGGUCACCUGUGUCCCCUGGGCUUAAGUGAAACUUAAGAGGCAAGCACAGAAUUACUCAGAGUCCCUGAGAAUGUGUUCUCAUAGGAGGAUCUAGUGAGGAUUUUUCACUUGUGCUGUCCUCUCUCACUCUGCCAGGCUCAGACUCUGCCUGUUUUACGGAACCCAGGUGAGCUCAAGAUAGACACCAACACCUCCAAGUGAAUGGGGGCUGUGUGCCUGGUUAUUUCAUGCUGCCAUAAAACUGAGCAGGCAUCUGUGUGACAAACACCACACAGGGUGCUCAGUCACACCAGGUGUCCUGCAGCAAUGUGUGGCUGCUUGGCAGUGGUGGGUGAGAGCCUGGGGCCCUGGCACCAUCCAUGUGCUCAGCACCCAACCUGGGUGAAGGCCACAAUUUGUCAGCUGGCAUCAACUUCCUCCUAUUGUAACAAAGGCUUGAUGCCAUCAGGUGUAAGUGACUCCCCAAAACCCAGAGACUCAAACCUAAGCCUGAAAUAAUUUUCCCAAGAUCUGACAAACAUCACUGACCCAACAAUAUAUACAGAAAUAAUCUAUUUCCUUGCAUACUGCCAAGUCCAUCUUGCUCCAUAUUUGUCUCUCUGGUGGGUUUUACUUCCUCCCCUGCUCUGAGUGGGAGAGCUGACACAUCACUGAGUAUUUCUAGCAUGGCACAGAGUCCCAGGAAGCUGAAAGGAGCUUGGCUGCAUGUCAGGAGCACAGGCAGUGCUGUACCUCACACCUGCAGUGCUGUGACAGUCCAGUGUGACCCGCUGUGCCCACAGCCACCUGUGUGUCUUGCAUUCCUGCAGAGGAUGCUUCUCUCCAUUUCAGUGGGAAUUCAGAAGUUCUAAUUACCUAGAAUUUCAAAGAGUUGUUAGACAGUGACUUAGACAGUGACUCAGACUUAAAUGCUGAUUUAAAUAACUUUCCCUUGUGACUCUCAACUUGCCUGCAUAUGGAAUAGCUACCAUUCAAACCAGUGUUUGGAGGCUUAAUUAAACCAGAAGGAAGGCACAUAUGUAAGAGACUGAAUGUUACUAAAACCUGCAGCUUCAUUCAGAACCACUGAUGAAUUUUUCAAGUCACUUGAUUUUUUUUCAUGUAAGAGAGUCACUGCUCUAAAACCUUUAAAAUCCAAACAGAUGACAUGGAAGGAGGAAAUGCAGAGGUCAUCUUGAGCUGGUGUUGAAAAGCACACAAAUCUUCUGCAUGUGGCACUCCUGAAAUUUCUAAUAAUCAUGGUUUGGACAAAUUUUAGUGCCUGUACUCCCUGAGCCUGGUAAGCCAAGCCAUCACUGUGACACAAAUCCAGUGCCAGUGCUGGUGCCCUGGCCCAUCCCAGUCUGGCUGCAGUGAUGUCCAGCUGCACAUUCCAAGCUCCAGUUCCAGGGGCAGCACAGGCUGUGCAGGCUCCUUCUGCCACGGCUCUGGAGCUUGGGAGGACACCACAGAGCUGCAAGGCCCCUGUGCAGUUCCUGCAGCCACACAUGCAGGGCACUGCUGCAGACACUGGCCUGCAGCACAAGCAGCAGAGCAGCAGCAGGGCACUGGCACAGCUCUCCUCCUCCUCAAGGAUGGAUUUAGGUCCCUUAGGAGGUGAGGCUGGGCCUCUGGGAUUGUGCUGUGAGGAGUUCUGAAGCUCAGCAGGCAGUGCUGUGCCCACCCAAGCACCUGUGCCAGCAGUGUUACAGUGAUGGCUCACACAGCCGGCCUCCCCACACACCCAGAGGCAAUGAGAGGCAAGCAGAGCUUUCAUUUCAUUGCAGUGGCUUUAGAAAGCUCUCAACAAAAUCAGCUUCCCACACUGGCUCUAAAUGCAGACUGCAUUUAGAAGAGUGGCAGCACAGAUUUGGGAUUUAAAAUUCUGGUUUUUAUUCACAGCUUUCUUUGUGGGGCAAAGAAAAUAUUUAUCAGUGGUUGGUGCCUAACCUGUUGCAUGCUCCCAUGUGAACUAAGAUUAAGGACACAGUAUCUUGACUAUCCAAACAGAAAAAAAAAAUUUAAAUAUUCUAAAGGGACAUCAUUUGGCACAGCUUAGAUGUUAUGUAUUUAUUUCCCCAAUAGAAGUUGCCAAUUUGAGUACACCAAUCAUCUCUGCUUGUAAGCAGUGGACUACUAGUUUUAAAUUUUAUUUCCUGACACUGAAUUUGCUCUCAGAAAAAUUUACUGAACCCUAUUGUUUGGCAGAAGGGCAGAGUUGCAUCCUGCAGCAAGGCUCUGAGAAUCCUGCAGCAGCUGCAUUGAGCCCAGAAUGUGCAGAAAUGAAAGGGCUUUGGAAGAUGAGUGUGAGCAGACAAUGCUAAUAACCCUAAUGAAGAAAUUAGGUUUUGCUGCAAGUCCUGUAAAUGUUACUUUACAAGCCUUACAGGGUAACAGCAAAUGAGUUCAGGGCAAGACAUUUCUCUUUCAACAAGGAAAUCCAGCAAUACUGAAGGAAAAUUCUGAGAAUUCCUUGCUUGCAACCAGCUGAGAUGGAGAAUUAAGGCAGAUUCUCCUUGCUGUCAGUUCCUCCCCAGGUGUGAGGAGAAAUGGCACCCAGCACACAGAGCCUGUGCCAGAAAGCAAAAACAACUGAUGGAACUGUUUUCACACCCUCACCAGCUCCUUUCUUCUCCUUUUCACAUGGGCCUCACACCAAAGGUUGUGGCCAUCUGCCCUGGUCUCCAUCUGCAGCAGACAGUGAGUUAUGAUCUGGACUCUGAUUUAUCCUUUGUGAGCAAUAACUGCAUUCUACAAACCUCAGAAUUAUAUCUUAGUCAAAAUCAGAAGCUCUUAGACGUUCACAUUUUUAUAUUCCUUGUGGAAGUUUCCAGGGUACUGUGUUUGUAGCAGGUAAGCAUAAAUUUUAACAUUAUACUGAACAAAUAAUCACAUCACUUACUCUUACAUGCAAGUUCAUUAUUUACCCUACCUAUGAAAUUUUUCUUGAUGCUGAAAAGCAAUUGUGAUUAAAAUGAUAAAUCCCAAAGUGAAAUGCCCAUUCAAGUUACUUUUUUAGAGUUGCAUGGUACACAAACACAGCACAGCUUGAAUUCCCAAGCAGGUCUCCUUGGGGCCAAAGCUGAGUUAUUCAAUUUACAAACUGGAAUGAGCUUUCUAUUGUUUUUAUAGAGGGCAAAGUUUGUAGACAGAUAUAAUGCCUCCUAUAUCAAAGCUGACUACAGAAAGUCUGCAAGCAGCACUCAGUGCAGGUUUCCUUCUUUGAAGGAAGGCUGAGUGUAAAUUUUUCCUUCUUUGAAGGGACUUGGAAUCUGAUUUUGCCAGUCCUGGGCAGACUGACUUUUUGAACCAAGAGGAGCAGCCCAGAUCUAUUCCCUCACUGAGCAGUGUGGGGGAGCAAGGUCCCAGCUGGCUCAGUCAGAAGCUUUCCUUUCUGUUUGUGCUGAAGGAGCAGGACAUCACAAACACAGUGACUCAUUUAACUGUGGACACAGUUCAUCUUUUAAUGCAGUUGUGAUUCAGGACCUGGGAAAGCUUCUGAGGCCAGUUCCACCUUAAAAACACAAUAUCAGAAUGUCACUGGAUUCCAAACAUCCUUUAUUUUAUAUCUGCUGCCAUAGACAAUAAUUGAACAGUGCUGUCAUUAGUGUCAGUGGGAAAAGGAACAUGGGUCUUCUUCUCCUGAAGAUGUCAUGUACAUUAAGAAGCCAGUCCAAAAUCCUGGAGUUAAGUACAAAAAGCAACCGUUUGAAUUAUAAAAUACUGUAUAUACAGAUAUAAAAAUGUCUCAGAAAAUGUCCCACAAAGUUUCUGAACUUUCAAGAGCAAGUCUUCAGCAGGGUGACAGACUCUGAUUUCCAUCCCAGCCAGGGAUAACGUGGUGAUCCUAGUAUUAAGGUGUUUGUUUCCUGGAGCUAUUAAUUUAACAAGCACACUCUCUAUAUAUAAAAAUGAAAUUUCAAAGAAAUUUAUACAACAGCUAGACUUUAUAAAAAUAUAGAUCUAUAAUUUUACACCAGGAAUUAUCCAAGGUAAGUUUUCAUUUUCUUAGCCAUUAGAAAUUAAUUGUUAUCCUCUGGAAUCCUAUAUAUAUGGCUAGAAUAUAAACUAAAAUAAUGUGAAGUUAUUAGCUGGAAAAGUGAGUUUGAAGGGGUUUUUGGGCCCAAAUUAACAAAGUACUGCAUUCUGCAGUGCUCAUCCUGUGGGGUGGUGGACAUACUACACAGUACAUGUAAACUUAUUCCAGAAUUUUCACUUAAUUCAGUGUUAAAACCCAAAAAAAAAAAAAA